CUUCACUAACCAAUGACUCAAAAACAAAACAAAACCUAAAACCCCUAAACCUCAUCACUCAACAAUGGCAGCUACAACAAAGUUUCUCCAACUCCGGCCAAAACUCAAACCUUUCCCUGAACCCAACCCCAUUUUCCCCCAUUUCUUCUCUUCGAACUCUAAUUCCGAUCACCCCCAAAUCCCUAAUAAUACACCACCCCCUCCCUCAGAACCACCCCACCAACCCCCCACACCUAAACCCUUCUCUUUUUCCUCUAUCGCCAAUAAUCCCAGAAACCAAAACCCUUCUUCUAAAACCCCAUCUUUAGAAGAAAUUAGAAAAAACCUCGCUGAGUUCCGCCGCCGUUCUGAUUCUAUUCCUCCACCGCCGUCAUUUCAAGAAAUCUACAAAAGAAAUGUCAAUAAUGCCCCCAGACCGGGCCCCACUGGAAAGCUUGACCUUAGCGCCAUUCGCGCUAACCUCCGUAACUUUAACAACAACAAUAACAACAACAACCAGAAUAAUGAGAAUAGAGGGAAGUUUUUUGACUCGUUAUCCCUCUCGCGAUAUAAAGAUAGUUUAAAGUUGAGACCCAAUAUGGAUAAAGUGAUUGGUGGGAGUGAGAAUUUGCCUGUGUCAAUUUUUGGUAAGGAAAUGAUGAGGGAUAUAGAUGGUGGUGAUAAGGAAGGUACGAGGCCUGAGUUUGUUAGGAUGUACAGUCAUGGUGAAUUAGGUGAGAAGUUGAAAAUGUUGAGGCCCGCGAAAAAGAAAGAGGGUGAGAAGGGUUGGUUUUCGUUGAAAGAGUUGAAGGAUAGAUUGGCGAAGCUGAGGGAGACUGAGGAGAAAGAGAGCAAGUUGAGGAUGGCUGGCGACAUGUUUAGGGACAUAAAAGCUUCUCUUGUUAAGUUGAGUACUGAUGAUGAGGAGAAGGCUAAGAGGACAAUGAUUCAGAGACUUGAUGUCUUGGGGCAGCUGGGUGGUACCCCAAGCUUUAUGUUGCAUCCACCAAAAGAAGAAUUGGUUGAAAAGUAUUUCCACCCAGAUAACAUGUCAUCUGAGGAAAAAAUGAAACUGGAGCUACAAAAAGUGAGAGAUGAGUUUAAAAUGUCAGAGUCGGAUUGUGGCUCAUCACGUGUUCAAGUGGCUCAGCUUACAACAAAAAUAAAACACCUAUCGUCAGUUCUGCACAAAAAGGAUAAGCACUCUCGUAAGGGUCUACAAGCAAUGGUGCAAAAGAGGAAGAAGUUGUUGAAGUAUCUCCGAAGGACAGACUGGGACUCCUACUGCCUCGUUCUCUCUAAGCUCGGCCUUCGUGACAACCCAGAUUACAAGUUCUAGACCAGCCUGUAUGAUGUCGGUUUUGCAUUGUGGAAAUGCAAGUUUUACUUUGGCAGAUUGCUCCAAGUCCUUAGGGGGUGAUGGAUUUCCCCUACAACAGAAUUACUAUUUUUCCUUUCUUUUUAUGUUGUUUUGGCUUAGAAGGAUGAUUUUAUUUAUUUAACACAACCAAAAGUCUACAUAAUCCUUAGCAUAUUUCAAAUUUACAUAGAGGGAUAUUUCUAUUGAAAUUUAUCCCUUAACGUUACAAGCGCUUAUUCUUUAGCAUAUUAAGUACCAGUAACAGUCAAGACCUUAGAAUUAUUGA